GAAUUCAGUUAAGUCUAACGAAAAGGUAUUAUUCUUCUAGGUAAAGUUUAAGUUUAAGCUGACUUUAAGAACUUUCUAACAUUGGCUCUUAUCAUAGAAUAUAUUAUACUACAUAGAGUUAAAUAAGCUUGAGGCUGAUUCUUAGACUAAGACAAAUUUUCAAUUCUAUAGGCUAUAAACUAUAAGGGUUAUAAUUAUAAACGUAUACUUAUAAUACUUAUAUUAAUAACUAUCAUUUUAAACUUUUAAAAAUUUGAUUCAAAUUAGAGGAAAUUGGUGAGUAUUGGAAUUUAAUUGUAUGUUAUUUAUUCUGUGACUUUUAUAAAUGUAGUGUUUCCCAACUUAUGACCUUUUUUUUUUAUUGGGGGGGGGGGGGUAAGAAGAUUUUUUUUGUUUUUUUUUUUUGGGGGGAAAAAGGAUGCCACUUUAACCUGAAGUAGUGAUAUAGCCUAAUAUAGGAAAUCGUGUAAGAAAGAAACAAUUUUAAGUUAGUCACUGUUAUUGAUUGUCAUUUAAUUGAUUUAUGAAAUAGAAAAUUAGAAUGCAAAUAUAUUUGCCCUUAAUUAUAAGGUUUAUCUCACAACAUUGAAUUUUGAUGCUGAAAUAGGCUGUUAAAUUAUAAUUUUAUCUUCCUGAUGGCAGCAUUAAGAUUUUAUUUUAGCCCUUCCGUUUAAAAAUAAAAAGUGUAUGUGGGGAAAGGGGAUUAUUAAACCUUUUUAAGUGCUUAGAUGUGACAAAAAAAUCGGGUAAACCACGGAUUACUAGUAUUGGGCAAGAGUUUAGUUAUGCACCAAUCGGCCAUGGGCAUUUAGCAUUGUCUUGAUAAAUUUAAAUAUUUAUAAUUGAUUGUCAUUUUUCCAUCUAGUUUAAAUAUAUUGUGCAAAAAAAAGAACAUCAUAAUCUUAAAAAAAGUUUUCAUUUUCUCUCUUUUAUGUAUAACAUCAUAGGGUAAUGACAUAAGAACACAGCAUUUGACUUGAAGUUUGAAGGUAAAAAUUUGGAUUAUGUUAAACUCUUCACUGUGAAAACCUUAUGUUCAAGUUUCUUAGAAAGGCUGUUUAUUGCUAUUAUUAUUAUUAAUUUAAAGUGUUAAAUUAAAAGUCGAUUGAAAUAUUAUUUCACAUUAACAAAAUUAUACAUUUAAUGUUAACUCAAUCUGUUAAUUUUAAAUUAUUUGCAAAUCAAUUGUGCAGAAAUAUGGAUAAUGAGAAUAGUGAACAAGUAUUAUUUAGUUUUCUAUUAAGCAAAAGUAAAAAAUAAAUAAAUCAUUAAACAAAAAUAGAACAGGCUUUAGUUAUGUUAAUAUAGAUGGAACAUUUUUAUUUCAAAGAAAAGCAAACUAUUUUCUAAACAAAGCUCCUCAAAGCUUUUACAUUUUUUUUUUAAAUCCAAAAAAACACCCACAACAAAAAAAAAAAAAAAANCCCAAAAAAAAAAAAAAAAAAAAAAAAAAAAAAAAAAAAAAAAAAACUAUAAAUUUAAAUUUUAAAACAACCCAAAAAUUUGACUGGGUAUGUACACAAAUAUGACAACAACAAAAAAUACUGCUGGCACAAAAUAAUUUUUUUUCAUUUUAGAAUUAUUAAGUUAUUGAUCUCUUUUUUCCCCCCAGAUCAAUUGAAGAUUAAAAACUCUGCUACAAUGUCAUUGACAAUGUCAUCACAGACUUAGAUAUCCUUACAGCUGAUUAUUUGAUUGUGCUCAUUUGAAAUGGCAGCAUUUGAUAGAAGCAAGAAGCAUGACUUUAAUUUAGAAAAAGUUCUCACAUCUUUUCAAAAAUGUGUUACAGAUGAUAGGACAUUAAUUUUAGAGGAAUAUCUACUGGCUUACCGUGAAUUAUGUCGCUUUUUCAAACUCACAGGGCAUCUAUUCGGAUUUGUGGCCAAAGAUUUGGAGUCUAAAAUUAAGGCUAUUGAAUACCAUGCACAUUCUAAUCAUGGCCACCAUUACCACACUAUACAGUCCAUGGUUGCUUAUGAAUUGGAGGUUAAAAUUGCCAAAAUGAAAACUCCAAGAUCCUCUGGGACUCGUAUGUUGCUGAGGCUCCACCAUGCUCUUGAAUUUAUUCUGUCUUUUAUGAGAAGGAUUAUGAAAGGUGAUCAAAAUGAGAAGAUGUCCAUACUGGCAUGGGAAGUGUACACAGAGACCCUGUUCCACCAUCACCCGUGGUAUACCCAGAAGAUUGCAUCUCUGGCUGUUCAUGCGCUACCAUCCAAGAGACACCUGAUUGAAGUUAUGUGCAAGCAUGAUUACACCAAAGUGAUGGUGCUUCUGGGUCAGGUGGUGGACGCCGGUCAGCCAGUUUAUGAUAUUAUUCAGGAGAUCCUUGCAACCAAUGAAUUACUCAACAUUCCGUGAGAGCUUUGAAAAUGAUUUUUAAUGAAAGUUAUGUUUUCAGUAUUCUGUCAUUUUAUUUAUAAAAUUAUUAUGGAUUUGGUGAGGGCUAUUAGAUGAACUUAAAUUUUACGAAGUGGCUAUUCGUACUCGGGUACCAGAAGUGAGAGGUUGGGAUUAAAAAACUAUUUAAAAUUUUAUUGUUGGGUUUGU